UCACUGUUCAAAGAGCAGAUUUGGUUUAUCCUGCGAGUCCACAAUCAGUGAAACUAUCAGUCCGUGACGUAAGGGCGCAUUGCAUUGUGGUCGCCGGUGCCAGGAUAGAAACAGAAACCACACUGCUCUCCAGCAAAACAGGACAUUAAAAAUUCAGUAGUUGGUGAUCAGUGUCCGCCCACAAAGCAGCCAUGUCGUCAACAUCCCAAAAACAUAGAGAUUUUGUGGCCGAGCCCAUGGGUGAGAAGUCUGUGAUGGCUCUUGCAGGCAUUGGAGAAGCCCUUGGAAAAAGACUGGAGGAGAAAGGUUUUGACAAGGCGUAUGUUGUCCUCGGGCAGUUUCUAGUGCUAAAGAAAGACGAGGAGCUUUUCCGGGACUGGCUGAAGGACACUUGCAACGCAAAUACCAAACAACAAGGUGACUGCUAUGGCUGUCUUAGAGAAUGGUGUGAUGCCUUCCUAUAAAGCUUUCAGUCAUUGUUUUCUACUUUUGAAGUCCAAACUAUACAUUAACUCUUCAGUGAUCUUGUUUCAAUUCAGCUACACCAUAUGUGUGACACUGUAUACACUGUUAAGGUUUAUUGAAGUCAGCUUGUUUUUAAAUUAUACUUAAAGCUGUUGGUGUGUUUCUGAAAUCCUUUGACCCACAAAUAGAAUUCACACAUGCCCUCCUCAUGGUCUUUGACAAGUCUGUCUAAACUGAUAAUCACUCUUUCUGUCUUUAAAUUGCCAUUAAAUUAGUAGGUUGGCUGGAUAAUCACAAAAUGGGACAAUUCUAUCUGCCUGUAACGUCCACUCACUGUCAGUAGCCCUUUUUACUGUGGACAUUUUGACUUGUCAUAGUAGUAAAAGAACAGAUGUAACUAAUAACAUUAAUUAUAACUCAUUUCCAUUUAGGUUUAUCAGUUUGUCAUUGAGCCUGCAAACACAUUAGCAGGGCUGCGACACACUGGGACACCCAAAUGUAAUGCAGCCUUUAUUAAAGUUAGUACACCAGUGAUUGACAAGACAAAAUGUCUGCUGUGAGAACAGUCUAUAGAGGAGCUUCAGACUGAAACUGUCUAGUUUCCAGUUUUGAGUAAAAACUGCUCAUGGUCAUAGUAUUUAGUUUGCCCAAGAUCACUGUACUUUCCGUUAAAGGUUGAAUUUUAAACAGAUGGUUCAUCCAUUGUUGGUCAUGUACUGAGAUGUUACCUUUUUAAGCUAAACAUGACUAGUUUGUUCUCUAUAAACCUUUUUAACAUCAGAAAAAUUGGAUGUGUUGCAGUUGAGCACACGUUUUUCUUUCUGUUUAAUGUGAUGAUUUACCAGUACAAUCCAGACUAAUAUUUGUACCCACCUUCAACUCUUGGGCUUCUUGCCCUGUUGUCUGUUUUUAAAACUAUGGGAAAGUUGAUGUAAGCUGUGUGGGGUUUUUUUUUUUUUUUGGUUUGUUUUUUGUUUUUUAAAUAGCACAUCCUAUUAUAGUUUAGUAUCAUGUACAUCCAGCAACAAUGUUUAAAUGACUUCUUGAAAACACGGAUUGUCUGUUUCAAGUGUCUUGCAGAGGAUGUGAUUGAUUUUAAGUGACCCCCAAAAAACGUAACCUCAAAACUGACGCGACACUGUUCUUAGCAGAGCUUUUUUUAUUAUAAAAACUUUUAACUUUUGAUUCUGCAUAUGUAGAAGCAACAUGGCCAGACCCCCACAUCUGGUCUGUUCAAAGCUUGUUUGAACCUGAAGAUGGAAAUGUCUAUAAAUAAAGAUGCGGAUGCAACAAACUCAAACACUGUCAAGAACGUGUCGGUCUAUUGCUGAUGAGCAGGCUGCAGCCUUUACAUUAAAGAAUGAACUUACAAUAUGUGUCUACUAGAUUAGCCAGACAAUACUGCUAAUUUUGUUAGCAGUAAACAAAGCAUUUUGUACCUGCCUGAAGUGCUGGGGAUCAAGGCGAGUGCGCUGCAACAAGUAUAACACAUUCAGAUUGAUGCGACUUUUUGGUGUGCUUAAAUGAUGUAACCAUGAUGUAAAGAAAACAUGAGUUCUGUUUUGAUUCAACAGUGUCAGAAUUAUAUGGCAGCUAUCUAAAUCAAAACCAGUAACCAUGAUGCAGUAAAUCAAUCCGCAUCCUGUUUGUUCAUUAACAUUUAAGAGGCUAAAGUAGUUGAUAUGCUGUACUCGUAUGCUAGAAUGUAUUUGAAGCUUCAAUAGAAGUUUACCUUGUUUCUCAUUCUGCAAAUCAAAAACCCAACAAGAGUGAGGCAAAACCCAUCCAAUCCAUCCCACCCAACCCAUCUAUUGCUUGACUUUGUCUUUUACUUACCUCUAAACAGGAAAAGGUAAAUCACUGAUCUUUAUUUUCCACUGACGGAAUACCACCUACAGUGUAUGUUUUCUAACACCAACAAGCCUGAUGCAGGUCAGGUCUUCAUGACUUAUUAUCGUUGACUGUCUUUAUAAACAUGAGAUGCCUUAAUGCAUGCUAGUUUAAUCAUUUUAUUUAGUCAGAUGAACUAUAAAAUAUGCACUAGUGCAUGUCCAGGCUGUGUCACGUAAUCUUCCACACAUCACCAGCUGUUUGAAGAUGUAACCGCUGUGUUGCAGCUUUUUGUUAAAACACUGCUAAAGUUUUUGCAUUUGACUGUGAAAACUCAUCAGUUUUUAUAUGGCUGCUGUUAUAAAAAAUAAAAGGCAAAGUACCAGAUUUGGACAUA